CGAAGUGUUGUAGGCGAACUCGAUGUCGGGGAGGCGGUCAACCCAAUCCUUCUGAUCCGGACAGAUGAGCGUACGAAGCAUCAUCUGAGCAGUCUGAUGUGCUCUCUCCGUUUGCCAGUCCGUUUGUGGAUGUCUAGCCGAACUUGGUUUCAUCUUGGUGUUAGAUUCCUGCAUGAGAGGAGUCCAGAAUGCCGACAUGAAACGAGUGUUGCGGUCAUUAAUGAUGUCUUCCGGUACGCCAUGGCUGCAAAUCCAGCCGGUGCGCAAAAGGCGCACAAGUUCGGGAGUCGUGGCGUAGUACUUGCAAGGGAGAAAUCGCGCGUAUUUACUCAAUCGGUCAACGACCGUGAGGAUGCCGUCGUGCCCGAAGUGGUUGCGGGGAAACAAGCUGCUGAUGUCCAUGGCAAUGGAGAGGCCUGGUUCUCGUGGGAUAGACAACGGGCGCAACUCGCCGUAGGGAUUGCGGUUGCGGGGCUUGCUUCGCCGACAAACUUCGCAAGAGUCGCAAUACCGAGUGACAUCGGUAAUGAGGUCGGGCUACCGAAAUCGUUGCCAAAGUCGUGCAAUAGUCCGAUUGACUCCGAAAUGGUCGACGAGUCGCGAGUCAUGGUACUCGCCGAGAAGGCGAGUCCGAAGACGACGGUCUCGUGGGUCGCAGAGCAAGUCCUUGCCUCGCGAGUGGAGAAGCAAGUACUCGUCGACGAUGCAAUAAUUGCUGGCCGGCAUGUGAUCCAAAGAUAGCUGUGCAUAUAGCGUGGCGAAAUCCGGAUCAGACUCAUAGCCCCAAAUGAAGUGCCGCUGGAGUU